UGGUCAUUUCCUGCUGGGAGGGAUGCUUGAUCUUUUAAAGAUGAGGAGUGAGUUUAUGUGUGUGUGUCUGUGUGUGUGUGUGUUUUGCAGAUGUUCGGGUCUUGAUUCAGCAAAGUCUCUCAGCAGUGUCUGAUGGGGGGGUAAUGCUGAGUCUGGUAAACCUGCUGCUGCUCCAGAGCUGAGUGUGUGCACAUUUGCCUGAUUUCUCAGCAGAGGAAGUUUCUUUCCUCAGUUUCCAUGGCUUCUGCCCAUGGUGGAAGUCGGCAAGAACUUUGCACAAAUCCCAAACCACUUCUGGCAAAGAAGCUGCUGUCUCUCUGGCAAUGUUAGCAUUCAGGGAUGGCUCUUGUCUGCAGCAUUGACCAGAGGAGGAUGGAGCAAGCGAUGAGGGUCACCUGCUUGUCAAGGGGUGCACAGGGGCUUGGCUGAGCCCACCAGGGCCCAGGGAGGGAAACUGUCAGUGGCCUUACAGCCCUGGGCUGGCCCUUGCAGGGACCUCAUCUGGCAUUGUUAGGGGGGUAGGUUUCCAGCCCCUGUGUAGCCACUUUGUGACCAGGCUUGGAGCUGCCAGCACAGAUCCCUCAGCUCUCCAGGGACUUCCAGGCAGGGAGGAAGCUGGUGGCUUUGUGCCCAGCUUGCUAAGGUGCAGAGUGUUGUGCUAGGUGUAUUCCUACCUAAACUCCACAAGAAUAUAUUCAGAGGUUUGGGGAAAUGAAACAGAGACUUUCUUUUGCACCCACACCUUUUUCUGCAGUGCAGUUUUGAUUCAGGCGAUAGAGAGCCCAGUUCCUGCAAUGGGAUUUGCAUGUGUGUUGUACACUGAGACAGCUGAAGCUGUGAGCAAAAAGCACACAUAAAUAAAGGCUUCCUCCCUGUGCUUUAUAUAAUCAGAGUGGGUGAUGUCAUUGGGAGCUGGAGAGGAGAGCAGGCUGUGAAAUUACAGCCCUCUGCAGCCAGGCAGAGCCAAGUGCAAGGUGGGGGGGGGCUGCACAGAGCAAGAGGCAGGCUCCCCUCUGAUACAGGCUCAGGACAGAGGACCUUGGAGGGGAGCUGGGAGUAGAAAUAGAUAAUCCAGAUACAGUCAGAUAAUCCAAAUACAGUCAGAAGCUCUUGCACAGGCACAAAGGGAAAGCAGGGAGAAGGGCAGGUACCCAGUGAGCAGCACUGGGGUGCCAUUUUAAGGGCCAGUACUCCCUUCCUCCACAUGCAGCUGUCUACAGCUUGUGGCUCUGCUGGCAGGGCUAUGGGGCUGCUGGGCUUUCUCAUCCUUCCUCUGCUUUAGUCUUCUGACCCACUGCAGCUCCUGUCAGAGAAGAGAAGGCAUCCUUGCCCUGCUUGCCCUCCGCAUCCCAGAGGAACUUAGUUCUAGUCUCCUUCUGGCCCCACACAGGGGAGGAAACACAAGCAUCAGAAGGGUUCUGUCCUAGCCAGGGUGGCGAGGUGAAACAAGAAAAAGGGUGAUCCUCAGCUCUUCAGGACAGGGCUUGUGUUUGGCUCUGGGUUUCUGAAACUUCUAAGGUGAUUUGGUCCUUUUUUGGCCAUCCCGAUGUCCCCCAACAUGGGAAUCUUAAACAGGAGUUUUCCCUCUCAUCAGGCUGAGCAGGAAGAGGGGACUAGGCCUUAUAUAGAGGCUGAUCCUUUGGGAAAGUAGAGAGCCCCCUUAUUUCAAAUCCUUCACGGAUUUCUCUCUCAACAUAUCAAGUACCUACAGUGUGCUUGGGAUGCUGCUGCGAGAGUCUGAUUUUUUUCCCAUUUUGGCAGGAGGAAGGGCUCCAGCUUCUCCCAUCUCCCCAGCAGCUAGCAUGCUGAAACUGGAAUUCUCCUUCUGUCAUCCUCUGUCUUCCUUAGGAUCAAGAGAGCGAGAGGCAGCAGCCCUUCGCACCAAGCCUGCCUUGUUUCUCUGUUAUAUAACAAUAUGGGCUUUUAGACUUGUUUUUCUAGAUAUUGGCAGAUGCGUCAAAUAUUGGCAUAAUCCAGCGGUUUACAUGGAAAGCCGUCUGGCUUUGUCUGGAGGCUGUACAAUGUUGGUAUUUUCUUUGAAAACAAGAGCCUGCAGCAUUGUCAAAGCCAUGUUGCAGCAGAGUCCAGGUAAACAAGGGGAAAAGACACAUCAUGGCCUGGCCUGUGGAAUUACAGCUGCCCAGGGGCAGCUCCAGGACUUGUUAAGAAAGAUUAAUGCCUCUGUGAUUGCUUUCUCUCUGAAAUGGUCUUUUAGCUAAGUCUUCUGUGAUGGUUUUCAAAGAAUCACAAAAUCAUUUAUGUUGGAAAAGACUUUCAAGACCACGGAGUUUAACUUCUGACUGAUCACCACUUUGUCAGCUAGACCAUAGCCCUCUGUGCCACAUCCAGUCCAGUGAGCAGUGACUCCAUCUCCUCCCAGGGCUCUGGAGUUUUAUUUCUGAUGCACCCAUCAGUGUGCCAGACCUGUAGUAUGGUUUAAGAACCCAUCAUGGUCCACUGGGGCUGUUGCAAGUUAAGAGAUGUCAAGGACUGUGACUAAGUUAGAUUUGAAAAAUAAAAAGGUAAGGAAGGUAUUGAAUGCUGCAGAGGGGUAACAGCUGGGGAAGUUGUUCAGUUUGAUCUGUCUGAAGGAAAGCAAUGUGCUCACAUGCCAGGACAGUUGAUUGCUCCUUCCUAUCCCAGUGUGGCUCAGCUUGGAGUGCAAAAUACGGAGAAAAUCCAGCAGCAGCACAGAAGUAAUGGCUUUGGUCAAACCUCUUCCAAACCUGCCUUAGCUCAGCCAAUACCACCAGCCCCUGCAGUGUGCUUGCAGCCUGAGCCAUGCUAUGUGCCAUUGUGAGCUUAUCAGCUCACACCACACUCAUGUCGCAGGCAGGUGGCCCCUCCUGAUGCCUGGUGUGCUGGCAGAGGCCACCACCCCUGCUGCAGGCCACAGCCUUUGGCCAGCAGCCAGCAGAGCCACGGGCAGGAGAGGCUUCUCUGAAAAUGAUCUGCACGAGCCUGGGACAAGCAGUAACCUCCUUCAGUCCACUGUGGUCCUGGUGCACAACAGGAAGGUUUUCAGCCGAGCUCACCUCCGCCUGUGUCUAGAACGCUUAAAAGUUCUGAUACCACUCGGACCAGACUGCACCCGGCACACCACGCUUGGGCUGCUCAACAAAGCCAAAGCACAUAUCAAGAAACUUGAAGAGGCUGAGAGGAGAAGCCAACACCAGCUUGAGAACCUGGAACGAGAACAAAGAUUCCUAAAGAGAAGACUGGAACAACUACAGGGUCCUCAGGAGAUAGAGCGAAUACGAAUGGACAGCAUUGGAUCUACCAUUUCCUCGGAUCACUCGGACUCGGAGCGAGAAGAGAUUGAAGUGGAUGUUGAAAGCACAGAGUUCUCCCAUGGAGAAGUGGACAAUAUCAGCACAACCAGCAUCAGUGACAUUGAUGAUCACAGCAGCUUGCAGAGUAUUGGGAGUGAUGAGGGUUACUCCAGCGCCAGUGUCAAGCUUUCGUUUGCUUCCUAGAACCAAGUGAGACAGUGCAGGGUGAAUGAUUUCACUGGGGUGAUCAAACUGGGUCCUAGAUGCCAGUAUCCUCUUUCAGAAUUGACACGUUGACAACUAGUCCUGGAGAGACCUGUAUAUAAAGCUUUUUGGGUAAAGGAAGCCUCCCCAGAAACCCAUAUUUGUUCAUUUGGUCAUGUUACCAAUCCAAAUUUCUGCUGGCAAAAAGUUAAGCCAAACACUAGUCCCUUUGCAGUCAAUGGAAUCUGUUUGUUUCUGUGGGACCUGAAUCUAGACCUUAGUGAUGAAACACUUUGUUUUGAAUUUAUUUGGAAUUGUUUGAAAGAGGAUACUAGAGACUCAUCCCUUUCUUUCUGUCAUGAAAUCUGAGAAAUGUCAAAAUUUCUUACACUGCAUUCAGAUUGAACAACCUAAUUUAGGCCCUUCUGAAGAGCUUUUGUGGUCCUAAAAGGACUGUAUUCUACAGUUUAUCACAAUCUAAUGCUGUCAUAUUGUACUAGGAAAUCUAAGAAGGCUUACGUAGCCUAGGAAUAACAGUGACAAUAAUGAUUAAGGUCUUAUUCUGUGCCCAGAGGAAGAGGGGCAGCGAUGUUCAGGGGAGACCACCAUUCAACUCAGCUUUCUGUUGGACAUCCUUUAAACAGUGAGUACCUCUGAAGCGUGGCUGAAGCGAGAGGUACACACCUGUAAUCUACCAGCACAGGGUGGGCUGUCGUGCCCGGGGCGGUGCCAGUGCCAGCAGGUCCCCAGUAGGUGUGUGCCCCUCACAGGCACACGGCCAGCUGAGGGCAGAAUGAAACCAGCACUCGAGAGGUGACACACCAGACAGUCAUGCCCAGAUACUGAGCCACUAUGACCUUUUUAUUUGAAGCGAUUUUUUGAUAAACAUUUGUAAAUGUGUUGGGAGGGAAAACAUGCUAAGUCUGAUGCAUCUUUUUAGAGCUUGUCUGUACGAAACCUUAGAUGUCUUUUAUAUGAAUUUAUGCCAUGAAAAGAUCUCUGUUUUGAUGAAGCACUUGACCCAAUGAAACGCAAAGAUCCUUUUUUUUGCCAUGCACACAACGGAUGAAGGCUGUGCUAAGCUGGAAGAGGCCAGGUUUGUUGGGGGGUUUCUUCAGUUUUCUUUUUAGAAUCAUUCCCUUUGCGGACUUUUGAAGUUCCAGUCCAGUAGUUAACCUAGUUAAGCUCAGCACGUCUUUCAUGUUAAUGUAACAUUUUGACUGCACGUCCUGUUCCCAAGGGCCUUGCCAUCUUAUCUGUGCAGGUGCUGUUAAGAGCUGUUGUAGCGAAUGUUUUCUAAUUUUCUCCAAGACAAGCAUUCUAACCUGCACUUUGAGGGCUUUGCUUUUUUAUUUUUGUCUUUUUAAUGGCCAGGAUUAUUUUGUUUUCCGAGUUUUAAAAACCUUAAUAGAGUCUUCACCUAUGGCAUUGUUUGAAACCUUGUAUAUCCUUAAGUAAUUUAAUUACCCUUCAUUACUAAGAAAAAAAAAAGAGGAAAAAAUGCUUUAUAAAAUUCAUAACUUAUUGCUGAUUUGAAUGGGUUGUUAAUUUCAGUCCUUUAGAUUUAUUUUAUUGUUUUAGAUAGGGUUGGGUAAAAAGAAGUAAAAUAAAAUGAAAAAUUAAAAACAACCAUAUUUAGCAGUGCAGUGGAAUUGUGUUUAAAUGUUAGCAUAUGGUCCCCAUUAAAGUAGCACUUUAACGCCAUUAAACAUUUCUGUAUCUGAAAUUAGUUGUGUUCUUCCAUCUUGGUCAUUCCUGUCACUUCAGCCAACUGCUGUUCUUCUUGUGCCCUUUGGGUGACAUCCUGAGUGAGUCUCAUGUAGACUUUUGCAUUGUGAUAAGUUGCCUGUGUUUAAAUACUGAUAUUUCCCCCACUCUCCAAAAUGUGUCAUUCCCUGUAAGAGACACAACACAUGUGCUUGAGUUGAGAAAUAAUCUUUCCGUGGCUGUAAUGAAUGAUUUCUCUUCAGUCUGGGUUUUUGUUUUAUUUUAAUUAAUUUGCUUACUAGGUUUGCACCUGGUUGCAAUUGUUAAAUAUUUUUUCACUUGUGCGCAUGUAAUCCAGUGUCUCAGUCCAUCUGUUCUUCUUGCUGGAAAGUUACCUGGCAGGAGCAAGAGUCUGCCACAGAAUGAAUUAAGCUCUAGGUUACAAAUGGAGCCCAAGGGCUUUGAAAGAAGAAAUUCUGCUUGGGUUUGUGUUGGGUGUUCAUAUGAUCUCUGGAUGACGGAAGGCUUGGGACAGUCUAUAGAGUGGUGAAAAGUAGGAAACUUCAUCUCUAGCAUGGCCUUAUUUAUUUAUUCAUUAUUUUUCUCCUUGGAAGUGUUGACUACUGGCAGUUCUGGUGCUGACCAGUUGGAUACCAGUGGGAUUUAUUUAUUUAUGAGCCCUUUUCUGUAGCUGUCCCAGCACCUCGUCUUUCCUGUUAUUCUUGUUUGUGUUAAAUGCCCACUUGGGAAAGCAAUACCCCAGGUGAGAAGCACUGAAGUUCAGGGGAUGGAGAAUGGCCAUGUUCUCCUGGUUGGUAUAAAACAGUGACAUGUCUGUGGUUGGAAUAAAUGCAUUUGAAAUGUU